GGCUCGGCCAGGGCUCUCUUGGAGCCACCUCUCACCCUGCCUCCCCAGCUCUCUCAGCUGCUGUUCAUACAGAUGGGAGACACAAGCCAGUGAGAAAGGAGCUUGCCGAGCACAGUGUUCGGAGAAGGUUCGCGGGAGGCUGUCAGAAAUGAGUUUUUCACUGAAUUUCACACUGCCGGGGAGCACGACUUCCUCUCCUGUUACAGGUGGGAAAGAAGCGGACUGUGGGCCAUCUCUUGGACUAGCAGCAGGCAUCCCAUCCAUAGUGGCCACAGCCCUGCUGGUGGCUCUGCUAUUCACAUGGAUUCACCGAAGAAGAAGUAGCACUGAGUCCAUGGAGGAAAGUGAAAGACCAUGUGAAAUUUCAGAAAUUGAUGACAAUCCCAAGAUACUUGAGAAUCCUAGGCGUUCACCUACACGUGAGAUGAAUACCAUGGGAGCACAAGAAGCCCACAUAUAUGUGAAGACUGUGGCAGGAAGAGAGGAGCCCAUGCAUGACCCUUACCGCCCUACUGUAGAAAUGGAGAGGAGGAGGGGGUUGUGGUGGCUUAUACCCCGACUGAGCCUAGAGUGAUGUGGUUCAGGCAAGGAGCAAGCCUGGAGCUGGAACAGG